AACAACAAAGAAUAAACAAUAGAAGAAUAGAAAAAAGUAUUGUUUGUCUAUGGACGAUUGAGGUUUCGUGAAAGCGCGUCUUGCUGAACUAAACGAAUACAAAAUAAUUUUAUUGUAACUGUACUGUCUAUAAAUUUUCAGACUGUAAAGAUGGCAGACAAAUUAACCCUAGAUAGACAUGCUAUGAAAGACCGGGCAACGUCCCACCUUCGUAUUUACGUCGGCGGUUUACAAGACAGUGCCUCAGUGGACGAGUUAUACAACCAUUUCAUACAAUAUGGGGAAAUACAUGGUAUUGUUAUUAAUAGGAACUUUGGAUUCGUCCAGUUUGCUGAAGAAUCGAGUGCCCAGGAAGCUAUUGUCAAAGCGAAUGGAACUAUGUUCCAAGGAAAGAGUCUCAGUGUGAAAACUGCACAGACAAACAUUGGUGUCAUUGAUAAGAGGCAUAUGGAUCCAGCAGCAUCUGACAUGCCACCAGCAGCGGCUCAUAAUGAUAAGGCCCCCUUGAUGGGUGCUGAUGAUGGCAAUGAAGAGCUUUAUGAUAAUUUUGGAAAUUAUAUUGGAGAUCAAAAUCAAGUACCAAAUUAUUCACUAAUUCUUUAAAAUUUUCCAGGUUACAGAGAUGAAGAAUAUGAUGAAGGUUAUCCAGGUAAACCUGGAUGGGAGGGGAGGGGAGGAAUGCGCGGCCGAGGCAUUCCAAGGGGACGUGGACGUGGCCGCGGCCGUGGAGCUCCUCCUGGCUUCAGGGACCGCUCGCCGGUAUCAGGUAGAGCUGGUGAAUGGAAAGAGCGCAGUAGUUACGACCGCUAUCAACAAAUGUCAGAAUAUCCCAGAGCGCUACCUGUCACAGAGAGAAAUGAUUGUGAAAUUAUUGUCGUCUCAAAAUCCCUUACGGAAUAUGCAGAAUACAUCGAAGGUCGACUCAAAAGGCUAGGCAUUGUGGUUGAUCUUUUGUUUCCCAUGGAAGAUGUACCGAUUGGCAAAGUACUCGGUAACAUUGCGUCUCGCGGCUGUCUAUACGCCAUAUUAGUAAUGCCACAAAAUCAGGAGCACAGGUCCUUAACACUAACAAUACUUCACGGACUGCCUCAAGAACAUCGGAAUAUGCCACUGGAAGAUGCUCUUCAGCUGUUAUCCCGCAACUUCCAAGAGGUCCAGAGAGGUGGUCCCUCUGGCAGGGAGGCAGUGUACGCGUUACUCGGCCAGCUCGCUGAUGGACGCACCCUCACGGUCUUGCAGUACGAUAAAGUUAUAGAGUACUUACAGGAACGGAGAGAGCAACAAGUAAAAAUCGAGCUUGGGGAGCCAUUAAAUCCGCCCCCUACCAACAAAACACAAGUAGAUCUUCAACAAAGAAUUCUAAGUAUAUUAAAUGAUAAGAAAGUGAUAGCCCCGGUGGAACAGCCGCCCCCCGCGGCGCCGACGCCGCCGGCCCCCGCUCCGCCCACACAGAACAAACUGCUGAGUGACCCCACUGUUAGAAAAGCACUAGAUUCAAUAUUACAAAAGUUUACAUAGACAUUGUGACUCUAAUUAUUGUGUUUCAAGAAUUUAUACUGUGCAGUUUCUGACUAGCUCGUGAGUCUGUGCCUAGUUCAGAGAAAAAUGUGUAAUUAAGAAGAUUUAUAAACCGAAAACGAUACUUCCAGUGUACUAUUUCAAUUAAGCAAAUAAGAUUAUUUACUCUGUUACAUAGAGUUAAAUGUAAAGUGAAACAAUACAGGGUAAGACCAAUACAGUACAGUAAACAAGCAUUUGUUUUUUUUUUCAUUAUGGUAUCUAUGUAAUAUUAUAAAAAUUGUCUUGUGGAGUUUAGUAUUGCUGGUCAACACGGGGUUAUUUAUUCACUCUUUAUUGUAUUUCUGUAACUGUAAGGUCUUAUCAAUCUUACUGUAAUGGAAGUGGCGCGAAACGCUGCUUUCCUCAGUAGAUGCGAUUGACACAAUGUUAUUUUUUAGCAUUUACUGAAAAUAAAACUCAACCAUAAGUUA